AUGAGUCAAAUUGUCGAUGAUUGGUUAAGUGAAUUCGACAAAUUCAAUCAAUACAAAAACUCACCUGAAGAAAUACAUGCUUAUGCUAUUGGUGUUUUCAAUUUCCCUGAUCUGAUCGCUGCGAUAUUUGGAGUUCGACGGAAAUAUCGAUGUGUAGACACUGUCCUUCUCGGUGUUUACAAUGCUGAAAUAUCAAGUGAGGAUGGAUUAGGUUCUAAUCGGACAUUUAGAGUGCCAACAACGGCAAAGCCCUCCGUUUAUCACGAACCGCCAACAACUUCAACCUCAUCAUCAGGUCAACAAUCAACUACCGGUAACGAUAGUUCUGGUAAACCUGAUUCUGGUCUACCCUUUAUUAAUGUUCCUGUUUAUGGUAAUUAUAAAACCAGUGAUUCCAUCAAUGCUUCUAAUCGCAACAAUCUACUGAUUGGUCUUUUACACUUAUUCCAUGAACAUAUGAGCUGUUUACCUAAAAGAUCUCAUGUCGCUUUGUGUCGAAUGGCAAUCAGUGUUUUGGAAAAAGAAACUCGGCCUCCAACCGAUUGGAAAGAUGUUCUAAGUAAGCACCCAAACGCCAUCGGUAAUCUUCACAAUUCCACUUUACUGCCUGAUUUUCCUCGUAAAAUUACCGUUGUCCCCCAAUUUCUGGUUCGUCUUGCCAGUUGCAUCUAUUUUUGUAUCUACAAUGGUGUUGGUGACAUUGCCAUUCAAGCUUUAGAUCAUGUCCAUUCCCGUGGGUUAACUGACCUUUACCCUGACGUCUUAUUGAUGACUAAUGCAAUCAAGAAUCAAUUAACCACAAAUCCACCGACAACCCAAUCAACUGAUGGACAAACAGGAAUAAGUGUUCCUUUAACAUCGACCUCAACGGUAACUUCUACCCCAUCAUCAUCAUCUAAUAAAACCGCAAUUACGAACGCGUCGUUCAAAACUCGUAAAUUACCUGAAGAUAUUCCGAUUGUUACCUCGACAAGUAAUAACACUAACCCUAAGCGUUUGCCAUCCAUUAACGAGGAUAAUCAAAAUAAUUAACGAAAUCUAAUUUAUCUAAUAAUUAAUUUACAAUUUCUAUCACCAUUAAUACUCCUAUUCAACAAUAUAACUCAACUAAUCACUCCAAUUGCUUUGAAUAUUAGUCUAAUUCUAGUCAAUACUAUUAUAAGAGUAACUGAAAAUAAUCUCACUAAUAUUUUACAUUGAAAUUAUCGUAUUUAGACUAACCAAUAUAAUUAAUCAGAUUUAGAGGAAACAGUAAUCUGACAAUACAAUUAAUUAAUCAAAAGUGAAAAAAAUUUUCUCUCCAUUUGAAAUUUCAUUCCAAUUAUAAUCAAAAUUUCAAUACUCUAAUCCUAAUCCAUUGAUUCAUUUGUAAUCUCUUGAUUGUGUAUCCAAACUAAAUUAACAUGCGAUUAAAUUGUUCUCACUAAUCA